UAAUUAGGCCAUCAGAAUGACGAGUAUACACCCUCCUCGUCGUCAACAAUGCAGAGAAACCACGUAGAAAAAUACGCCAUCCUGCUUUCGGCCACACACAUAGGAAAUGGCUAAAGGAGGGUGUCACUCUCUCAUACACGAUACCUCGAGGAAAAUACUCAUUUUCGAAGCAAUUAUUAGUCAACAGUUACGAAGGAUGGUGAAUCUUAAAGCUCAUUAGUGACAAAUGUAUACGGUGAAUCAACUCCACGUGAUAUACGGGUGAGGACUAUUCGUUUUUGGAGCCGGUCGGUCCGGUGCGGAAGAGUUCCUCACGCAGAGUUGUACGUGCUUCUUUAAAGAAGUGUCCUAUUCGUAUACAAAUUCAAGGCUUUUCCUCCCAAGAAAUUAAAACGUCUGAUUGCUUCUGUCUGUGUGAUGGUCAAUGAGAAAAGGGCGCUUAUACUCAAAAGGAAUAAUGGUGGCAGGAGUGGGAUGCAGGACAAAAUGGCGCCUGCUUUCACUGGUUUUUGCGAUGCAUAUUCACCUCCAUUCUUUGUGUGUGUCCGCCAGCGUUUACCGCUUGAAUCCCACUGGACGGAAUGUCUGCUCCACGACCAGACGGAUGCAAGAGUUCAAGUUCUUACCGGAAAUGCUACAUUCAGCAUACCAGGGCCAAUCAAUGGAUGAAUACGCUUCAGGCGAUGAAGAUAAAAUUUUAAGAGGAGGAGGAGGAGGUGGUGGUGGUGGUGGCGGUGAAGCAGGAGGAGGAGGAGGAGUGGUAGAAGGGACAGAUAAGGUCCCCACAAGAAAUUCUCCGUUGGUGAUUGGAAGACAAUCAGCCCGUCUAAUCAACCAGACGGUGUAUCAUUGCUGUAAAGGUUGGCGGGCAAACGGGAGAGAAUGCCCCAUAGCUGUGUGCAUGCAGGGAUGUCUACAUGGAAACUGUUCGGCACCGGAAACGUGUUUCUGCAAACCAGGUUAUAUGGGGAUCCGUUGCGACAUCCCCUGCCCACCUGGACGAUACGGUUCAUUCUGUGAGCAGCAAUGUAACUGUGGUCAAAGACAAUGCGAUUCCGCCACGGGUAGAUGUACCCCUUCAUGUCCCAUGGGUUAUAUGGGUCCAAACUGUGUGAUGCCCUGCCCUCCCGGUCGUUUCGGAUCCGACUGCAUUGGUUUCUGCCAAUGUCCAUUCUCGGGGCUCAGUGAGAUCUUGUGUGAUCCGAUGACCGGAAACUGUACUGAACCGACCCUCUCACCGUCCACUCGGAGAGUCUACGAUUCUACGAUGUUGGAAAGCUCAGCAGAUGCGUUUCAUGAGUUCUUCCAGUAUGACACAGAGAGUCCAUCGGUAAUAAGCCCUGGGCGGAAACACCCCUCAAAACUCAGGGCAAUGCGUCUUGGUAUAUCCGGCGCUGCAGGGGUUCUUCUGAUGAUCAUAUCCUUGAUACUCGCCCUCUACGUUCACAGGAAGUUCCGAUUUCGGCCGUGUUAUUGUCUGCAGAGGAGAAAAGUAAGAGCAGCGAUGGCAAAACAGCGGAGAGAAACAGAAACAAAUGAAGGAAGGGGUGAUCGAUUACACCAGGUGGCACCAACUCCGAGGGCGCACUUUCCAAAUCCUCAUUUACCACAUGCUUUGCCUUACCGUUUACCUAGUCUCUGCAACUACACUGGUUUGCGCCAAACUGGGAACCGGCCAGGUAGCGCCCUCUUUGAUCCUCUGCCUGCCGUCACAGAAUCCACCACCAAUGUAUCGUCAGCAGACGUUGCUCCUGUAACGACGCACCCGAUGCCAGAAGAGACCAUCUACGAAGUAAGACCCUCGUUGGUUGCGAAGAGUCGCAGGGACCAAGAUAUGACCAGUGGCUACAUCGAAAAUGAUACGACGAAUUCGAUGUCGCGGGUUGUCCAGGGCUGUGAGAUCGAGAUGGACAGUGCGACAAGUAGUGUCAUGUACCACCCUGAUAUCGAUGACGAUGAACCUUACGACGAGGAGGAAUACGAUUAUCCCUAUGCUGAUAAUGCCAAGAUUAGAAUGGGUUUGGAUCGUUUUCAGACAAAGAGGUCGCGACCCGGUGCGCAUGAACACGACAAUUCCAUCUACGCAGUGGUUCUGGACAAUGAAAAGCCAUUGCACUGUGAGCAUAAUGGGGAGUAUGAACGCGAGAACAAUUGCAGUCGCGAAAGUGAUAUCCUUGCAGACGCAGGCAAUCAUGGAAGAACCCACACCGAUCCUUUACCUCUUCCAUCACACCAUGCAAAUCCACCUUCCGAUGGUACUUACACAGCUUUGAUUGCAGGAACACGUCUACCUGGAAACGAACCCUCAUUCCCAGAAAGAACUCCUGGUAGUGGCUGCUCUACCGCACCUACCCCUAUUGCUUUGACAAGGAAACCGUCACUCGGCGUCAUCCCGUCUGUCAGACCAAGGGCAUCACCAGUUGAAAGACCCAUUGGUAGUUCUUCCUCAAUGCGCCCCCGCGGUAUGAGUGACAUACCUCGCAACUCAUACGCAACACAAAACAACUUCGUGCCAUCUCGUUCUAAAGACAUUAUAAGUCAAGUAGAUUCGAAUGGUUAUACUACUGCAAUUCGAGCAUUCGCUUCGAUGCGGCAACCGCGCCGCCCGGCGACGAAACGAAAAUCUAGACCCUCUGUUGAAUUCCGUCCUUCUAUUGAAGCCCGGCAAACGCCAAGUCCUAUGAUACCUCCAAGACUGAGCGAAUCAUCGGACAUCCCACCGCUGUCACCGGACCCUACGGCUGACCAUAGCAUGAAAACAAACCUUCUUCAGGCUACGUCUUCCGAUCCUAGAUAUGUCAACGGGUGUAUCAUCUCUCCAAAACAAAAACCAAGGGAUAGAACUCGAUCAAGAACACCCGCAAUGCUUCGAAGAGCAAAGAAUAUGCUUCCACUACCGACGUCAAAGGAUGACGAAGGGAACGAGAAACUAUAUGAUGAUAUAUUGCCAUUAGGUGAUGAAGACAGGAUUAUCUAAGUACUUUUGCUGCCGUUUUGAAAUUAUCCCUAUAUCGGCAAGUCGUUUUUUUUUUCAAUAACCAUUUUUCUUGGAGUAACUUAACAUAGUCUGAUGGCAUUCUAAUAUUCUUGUGUAGGCCUAAGUUUUGAUGUAACAUUCCACAAAGAGGAGGUCACAAAACCUGAAGGGGUUGAUGAAAGUCAACUAACACCACGAAUAAUGACAGACACAUUCAGAUUUGAUGAUUUUUUUUUCCAGUUUCUUUAAUAAAGCAAUACUUAUUUCCAAUAUUUACCAUUUUUAUAUGAAAGAUCUCGUAGUUUAAUUCUAUUAAUUUCAGUAAUUUAACCCGUUGAAAACUGAAUCCCGUGAUUCCAAUAGGCUCUGUACAGGGAUCAUCUGGUUUCAGUGGGCAAUGGGUUAGGCAUAGUUCCAUAAUUGUAG